ACAACUGGCAAUUUCUCGCCUAUUCCUCGUUGAUUAGCUCUCGAACCGAUCGUCCUAGCUAACGCCAUGGCUUCCGCACUCGUAGCUCGUCAGGCGCUCUCCGCCCUCUCUUUCAGAACCGCAGUCAGAGGUGCUCAGAUUGCCUCACCCAAUUUCACCGCCGUUGCGCCAACCGCGCCGCGCGGACUCGGUGUCUCCGCCCUCUUCAGUUCCCGCAAAGCCGCCGUCCCCACUAAGAGCGUCCCCGCUACCAAGACCCGCACAGAGGACGGCAUCUUCGGCACAUCUGGCGGUUUCGGCUUCACGAAAGCCAACGAGCUCUUCGUGGGGCGCGUCGCCAUGCUCGGCUUCGCGGCUUCUCUCCUCGGCGAGGCGGUGACUGGAGCUGGGAUUCUCUCGCAGCUCAACAUCGAAACGGGGAUCCCUAUAACGGAGACGGAGCCGCUGCUGCUCUUCUUCAUCGCAUUCACCGUGCUCGGCGCGAUCGGUGGGCUGGGCGACCGCGGGCGAUUCGUGGACGACGAGCCGGUCGGGCCACCCGUGAAGCCCGGCAGUAUCAAGGCAGCGCUCGGGCUCAGCGAGGAUGGGCCUCUGUUCGGGUUUACCAAGGCGAACGAAUUGUUUGUCGGGCGGUUGGCGCAAUUAGGGUUUGCGGCGAGUUUGAUUGGCGAGGUGAUCACGGGGAGGGGAGCUUUGGCGCAGUUGAAUGUCGAAAUUGGCGUGCCCAUUUGGGAGCUCGAGCCGCUGCUGCUCGCGAGCAUCGCAUUUUUCUUCGUUGCUGCGAUCAAUCCCGGUACAGGGAAGUUCAUUAACGAUGAUGACGAGUGAGUAGACUAUGCUACAAUCUUGAUGUACAUAUAGUUUGUGUACUAGCAUUUAUUCAACAAGUUAUGCUCAAAUGGCAUCAAAUGUCUU